AUGGCAAAACGUCAUAAUCAUUAUAGAGGCCGUGGUACCGGUCGUGGUACUGGUCGUGGUGGCCGUAGACAUCAUGGUAGCUCGAGAGGAAGAGGUGGUGGAAAAUUCUCCAAAGGAAAAGGUAGACAUCAAUCUAGCAGGUCAAAGGGGAUGCCACCGCUCGGAAAUGGUGAUCUAAGCAAUCCUGACACGGAAGAUGUGUUCUUUGGUGACCAUAUCGACCCCAGCACUGUGGAAGAUUACUACUUUGGCCGUCACAAGGACAAGUCCAUGUCGAUGGGUGGUUUUAGACCAGGACAACGUGAAGAGAAGCCUGGUAGUAAGUUGGCGUUUCGUAAAAGACCUAUGGCUUUUGUUAAGGCUAUCGAUGUCUACGACCCAUCGCAUGAUCUUAUUGAAACAUUGAGAAGAGAGAAUAGCCAUUUGAUUAAACCUGAUGUACAAGAGGGUGAUGAUGAAAAUGAUGAUAUGCAAGAAGAAUAUGGUGAUGAAAGUGAUGAUGGGAAUGAAGCUGAGAAUGAGGAAGAAGAAGAAGAAGAAGAAGAAGAAGAAGAAGAAGAAGAAGAAGAAGAAGAAGAAGAAGAAGAAGAUGAUGAUGAUGAGCUAGAGCUAGAAGAAGAGCAAGAGGCAGUUGAAGAACAGAAGGAUGAGGAACAGGAAAAAGCGGAUGAGGAUGAGGAUAUGGACAAACAAGAAACUUCUGAUGUUACUGCGGUUAAAGAUGAAGAUUUAUAUGUAAUGGAUGAUGAAGGCGAAGAAGCUGGUGUUGACAUAAAAUCUGUGCACGUGGAAGAAACGGACACUACAGCUAAUAAUACCGAAUAUGAUCCUACGAUAACCGUUGGUAAAGUCCAGCUUUCUGUGAAACAAGAUGAGCCUGAGGAAUCAGUAGAUAACCGCCAUGUCGAUAGUCCACAGCUUUCGGGAACAAUGGGAAGUCUCAAAAUUUGUGAAAGUGCUUCACCACCCCCAGAUCAAUCACAAGAUCCACAAGACCCACAAGAGCUGCCGUUUGGUAUGGCGGAAGAAGAUUCGCUAGUCGAUUUAUCUGAAAUUUCCAUAACAAACGUCAGAGUUGGAUUUGCGGAUGAUUCCUACUUUGUUAAAUGUUUCCGUAUGUUUGGUGAUCAUGAACCAAAGUGGGUGGAUAGAGACAAUUUAUCAGAUUUUAUCCUAGAAGAGUUAAAUUAUCCUGAACAUCGUCUUGGUGCAUAUUUGCAAUUCAUCAAAGAAUCCCUAAUAAAACAAGAAGAACCAGAGCCAACGUAUUCAGAUAUACCGCUUUCAGAUUCAGAUUCAGAUGAAUAUGGAGAAGAAGGUUACUUCAGGAAAGAAGAAAGUGUAAGUUCAGAUAUGAGAGAAGGACUUGAUGAUUUGAUUGCAUAUACGGAGAAAUACAAUGUUGGACGUAACAUGGAAUAUGAGACUUCUACACUUAAUUCCGUUGGUAAAGGUAAAAAGAAGAAGCUACUUAUUGAUGAAUCAUUAGGUUUGGAUUCAGCUACCAUUUCUACUUUAGAAGACAAGUUUAGAAAUAGAAUAGAAUCAAAGGCAAACAAAAGAAGGACUAAGCAAGAUUUCAUAGAUGAAAUGAACCAAUUUUCUGAAGAUUUGUUCAAAAAAUACCCCAUUGGAUUGCAUAUACAAAAUAUUAAAGAUGAGUGUGAGUUCUUUUUACUAAAAGAGAGAGAUAGAUUAAGUUUCCCACCAUUAGAUCCUCAUGGUAAUAAUGUUGUCUUAAAGAUGUCGCAUCAUUUCAAUUUAAAAGGUUAUAGAGAAGGUUCCGGUAAGGGUACGCAUGUAGUUGCACAAAAGACGAGAGCCACUGAGAGAUAUUCACCCGACUAUAAUCGUGUGCACCAAUUGUUGAGACAACGUCCAGUUUUCUACAGAAUUGAUGUAAAUCGUCCAGGUAAAACAACCACAGAGAGGUUUAAAACACAAAAGGCUAAAUUCCAUGCCAACGAAGGUGAAGUUGUUGGUCAAGAUGCGCCUGCCAUUGGCUCAGAAAAUGUUGGUAGAAGAAUGUUGGAAAAACUGGGUUGGUCCAAUGGUGAAGGCCUAGGUGCUCGUGGUAAUAAAGGUAUUGCCGAACCACUAAUGGCCAGAGUGAAAAAGAGUAAAUCAGGGCUUAAGCAAUCUCAAGAACAAUAA